UUGAGAAAGCCUCUAUAAAAUAUAAAAACUAUGCUUAACCAGGCACAAAGUGUCUCCUUGCAGGAAUCCAGCAGCAGUCUGCAGGAGUAAAACAUUACAGGAUGAAGGCAGAAUGUGUGUUUGUUCUCAUAGCUGCACUUGUCGGCAGCUUUCCAGGUAUAAGGAGUUAUCAAGGAAAUACUGAGAUCAAUUGUAAUGCAUACAAAAAAAGGGGAGAAGAAGACUUGAUGUGUACUAAAGACUAUAAGCCCGUGUGCGGAACAGAUGGAGAAUCUUAUGACAAUAAAUGUUUGCUGUGUGCUGCUCGUCUAAAGAAAAAGAAAAACAUUGAUAUCAAGGAUGCAGGACGCUGUCCAUUUCCUGGAUAUAAGGUGAAUUGCAGUAAGUUCAUGAAAUUUGAUGAAGAUGUGAAAAAGCCGUGUACCAGAGAGUUUAAGCAACUGUGUGGCACAGAUGGAGUCACUUAUACCAAUGAAUGUCAUCUGUGUGCAGCAGUGAAGAAAAAGACUAACAUCUCUGUGAAGCACAAAGGAUCUUGUUCUAUCAAGGGGCAAAUGGUUGAUUGUAGCAUGUUCAAAGAUGUUUGUACUCUGCAAUAUGAACCACUUUGUGGAUCAGAUGGAAUGAGCUACGGCAACAAAUGCAGCUAUUGUAUUGCCCAAAACAAGAAUUCAAAGUUGAGGUUUCUGUUUGAAGGAGAAUGUUAUCCUUGAAAUAAAAAUAUAAAUCAUUUCACCAUGGAGCCAGGUUGUUGGAAAAUUAAUUGAAAUAAUGAAAAUAUGAAUAUGCAAUAAACUGAGUCACCACUAAUACAAACAAAUGUCAGCACUCCACUGUGAUGUGCAUAAAAUAAAUGUAUGAUUAAAAAGCGAAUUAAGGGACAAUAAAGAGUUGAAAUAUU